AUGUUAUAUAUGAUGUUCCUGCUAUUAGGUUACUAUUAUUAUGCAAGCUUACACACUGACUAUUCAUUAUCAGAGAGGCAGGUUGUCAACCAAAGCCAGAUACUCAUUAAAGAAUCACAAUUCAUUAGAAGCUUUGCUGUUGGAUUCCGUUUUGAUUUACAAGUUGGCGGAGCUAUAUUCUGCGAUGCAUCCUCUGUUACUGUUGAUACAUGCUACUUCCUUCAGAACUAUGCCACCCAUGCCGGAGCUUUAGGAUGCUUAAACAGCGCCCUUUUAAUUCAAAAAACAAAAUUCAAUCAGAAUACUGCAAAUAAUGAUAUUGGAGCUGUUUGGGCCAUGUCAAACAAUGAAACAUAUAUUACAGAAACAAACUUUAUGUCAAAUACAGCUUCUCAAUCAUUUGGGGCCAUAUUAGUAAACUGUUCUUACUUUUCAGUCGACAAAUGCAACUUCGAACUCAAUACUGCAUCUACUCUUUCAACAUGCAUAGGUAUUUGCAAUGCAUACGAAACUUUUCUGACUAAUUCAUACUUCCAAAAAGAAAGCUUACUGGAAUUAAUUUAUUAUGAAAAUAAUCUUUCUUAUAGAUCAUAUCUUGGUAUAGGAACAUGCUUUUUCAAUACUAAUUUAGGCACAAAUCUUGCCAUGGUUGAUGGAUUUUUGUAUAUUGAAGUUUAUGGAUGCACUUGUGGAACAGCUCCAAAGUAUUUAUUCGUUUCCAAAGAUCCAACAACAGUUAUUCAAUGGAGUGGCACUAUUAAGCCUAAUAUUUCUGAUGUUGAAGGUUGUUAUUCAGUAUUUAAGACUCCAUAUCCUUCACCUUUACAAACAGUUGCAGAAACUCCUUAUAUUACUGCCAUUAGUACACCACAAGAGACAGUUUUCAAUACGCCUUUCUCAACACCUUACGAAACAAAUUAUCAAACUGUAGCACAAACGCCAAAUAUUACUCCAGAAUCUACUCCUUUCAGUACACCAUUUACAACAGCAAUAGAAAGUCCGGAGAUAACCCCACAGGUGACUCCUCCAGAAUCUGAACUUCCAACUCCAUCACAAUCCUUUGAUCCAACACCGGAACCCACUCCAGAAAGGACAGAAAGUAUGAGCCCAACACCAGAAGAUCAGGAUAUGGAGUUACCAGAUAUGCCAAGUGAUCUUGGAUUAGGAUUAGGCCUAGGACUUGGAUUACUUCUAAUUUUAAUAAUCAUUAUCGUAAUCUGUUGCUGCUGUUGCAAGAAAUGCAAAGACAUUUUGUGUUGUAUACCGAAAUGCUGUUUCAAAUGCUGUAAAGUAACAUGUUGCAAUGACGAAUGUUGCGACUGUUUCGAUUGUUGCUCUUGCUCUCGUGAUAAAGAUAGUAAAUCAAAUACAAAUAAAUCUUAUUACGAAAACCAUAGCACUAAAAGGGUUUUCGAUCUAGGAAAUGUCAAGCUCCCAGGUAGAGAAGAAUGUGUUAUAGUAUUAAAUCCAAUGUGGAGAAACGGAUCAGGUUAUAAUCAUGAAUCUUCCGACUAA